ACCGCUGCUGUUAAGUAAAUCUGAUCCGAAGGCAGUGGUCAUGCCGUCCCAAGGAUGUCGGCAUGAUUAAACAGAUGUGACUGUCAGUGCGUGGAAGAGUGCACGGCCAGAGUAGAGAAAUCUUUGUUAUGGAGACAGUAAGUCCGUUACUACAAUACAGCAGCGACCGACCUAAAUAGAGGUGUACAUACCCGGCUGGAUUACAUGUCCAUGCAGUGUCUUCUGCACUAACUGUCCGUCGGUAACGUGCACCUGUCUUGUGCAUAGCGCGUUUCAUGCGACCAGGCUGGGUGGGCGUGUGCCUCCACAAGGCACGCAGUCGCCAGGAACUACAGCGAUGGUGCCUUCAACGACCAUUGGCUAGCAAAACUGGCCUGAGAGAGGAGGUGAUCCAGCCUGUGAUGUAAAGUCGACUAAACAGUCGUCCAGCCAGGUAAAUUAAGGGACAUAAAUUGGCUGACGCUCUCUCAAACAUUCGCUUAUGUAGAGCGGCAUAACUGCUGCCGUUGUUGCGAAGAAAAGACUGGGAUAAUGGAAGUUGUCGGCCGUGGACUUGCCUAUCUAAUGGCAAAGUUACAGUCCUGGCCGAUUGCCUUUGAACGACAAAGGUUAUUAAAAUAUGUGAAAUCUGGAACAGAGAAAUGUGUGAAGUGCGUCCUAUCCUUACCCCCUGUGUGGUUCCUGUUGACUCGUGUACUUAUUCUUGUCGACAAGUUGCGAUCAUUGCUAAUCAUCCGGGCCAUUACUCGGGUGGUAAUGACUGUUGCGAAUCUAGUUUUGUGGAUAUUGAGUGUAACACUUGACAGAAAGAGGCCCUUCUUACCCUACGUGCUGUGGGCGCUGGUCAGUGGGGCCCUGGGUGUGCAGCUGCUGGGCUUCAGCACCCCCUGGUGGAUUUUCAUGCAAGGCCACUACGUGGAUCCGUGCUCUCAUGUGCAGGGCUUGUGGGAGGUGUGCAUCAUGUUGUCAUCCGGUAUAAUAAAUGCCUGUGAAAUCACCUAUCAGUUACAGAAAGAACACCCUCCAAGCAGCUUUGUCAACUCUUGUGGCCAGAACCACGUGUACUUGGAUGGCGUUAGACUAUUGCCAGUAAGGAUACUCGAAGUUUUGGGGUUGGUGUUGGCGACUCUGUCAGAAAUCAUGGUGUUACAGUGUGUACUACCCCGAGCCCAGCAGCGCCGGCCUUCCGCACGGAUUAGGAUGUCUCUUACCCUAUUCAGCCUGAGUGCAGGUGCCUCCAUCCUGGCGGGAGUGAUAUUGUGUCAGAAAAAAGUGGAACAGGCCAGCAGGGAUGACAGCUACAUGUCCAUGGACUGGUCAUCUUCUGUCUGCUGUACAGCUGGUUUAAUGUUUCUACUCUGCGGUGUGAUCUCCGUUCGCUUGUGACAUUGUAUCUUUAUGAACCUGAUAAUGGAGCACACAAGCAACCCGGUGAUAUACAACGUUCGUUAAAGACAACUUGACUUACACCAAAGCUGUCAAAGCAUGGGUGACUACCUACCUGUUCCUCUGUAUUACGCACCUGUUCCAGUGAACUACUAACCUGUCCCACUGGACCGCUCAUCUGUCCAAGUGGAUUGUCCACCUGCCCCUAUGGAUUAUCUACCUUAUCCGGUGGAUUGCCUAUCUUACCCAGUGGAUUGCCUAUCUUACCCAGUGGAUUGCCUAUCUUACCCAGUGGAUUGCCCACCUGUCCCAGUGGAUAUCCGUGUACAGAGUCACUCUUGACGCAUUUGUUAGCAAUUGGUGCACCCAUUCAUACCAAUCAAAAUGACAUAUAACAGGAUAUCUGACAUAUCAAUACACGUCUUCGCCGAUAUUCAGCAGCAUGCAUAUAUUGAGACACUCCCUUUAGUGU